AUGCCUUUUGAGCCCCUGAGUCCUGCCCGACAGUGGACUGUUGUUGCAAGGGAUACGGCGAGAGCAGCCCAGUGCAAUUCUUACCUCACAGCAAAAGAGGCCGUUAUAAGAAAGGUGGAUACGUCUGCGAGUACCAAGAAAGGCAAAGAUGCGAACACGUGCCUGCACCACUACGUUGCCACUACGCCCCCGAACGAGUUUCUUGCCGUCUCCGUGAAUCCUCCAGGCCUCCAGUAUGACGGUAUACAACCACCCGAUGUCCCUUCAACUAUUCCGAUGCGACCCCUUACUACUGUCUGCUUCUGGUGGCAUACACGUCUUAUGGUCUCAAACGUGAAGACUCUCCCUGAGGAUGUCGAAGAACAAAGCUUGUCUGGACAGAGCCCGACGUCCUUCCUUUCUUGUUUGGACGACUUCAAACUACAGUUGUACGGCAUACCCGUCUGGCCUUUGGCCGAAAAUAUGCGCCUCUCCAUCAAAAUUUCUCAGCACGAAUGCGACCUGGCAGGAAGAGCCGGUACUGGUGCCAGAUCAUUUGACAUUUUAUCGCGUCUUGGCGAGGCCGGAGCUGUGGAACUGGAGAGGAUUUAG